CGAUAAGUCCGAGAGUAGCGCUAGUAGUUGCAGCUUACGUUAUUAUCGUAUCUUUUUAAAACCGUAUGAUAAUGAAUACUGUAAUUUGCAACAAGUGAGUCGUCAUUAUUUAUGCUAAUAUGUUACGAGUCGCAAUGGAUCAAGUUGCAAGAACGUUUUCGAGCUCCGUAAAAGUCAUUCCCAAAUGCCGUAGACUAGAAGGGAAAGUCGCAGUUGUUACAGCCUCAACACAAGGAAUUGGUUUUGCUGUUGCUCGUCGUUUGGCACAAGAAGGGGCUAAAAUAGUCAUUAGCAGUAGAAGAGAAGCAAAUGUAAAAGUUGCAGUCGAGCAAUUAAAACAAGAAGGUUUAGAUGUUACUGGUAUCGUUUGUCAUGUUGCAAAAGCUGAAGAUAGAAUUAAGCUUUUAAAGGAGGCAGUAUCAAAAUAUGGAGGCUUGGACAUCUUAAUACCAAAUGCAGCCGUUAACCCGUCCGUAGGACCUGUGCUAGAAACCGCAGAACCAGUAUGGGAUAAAGUUUUUGAUAUCAAUGUCAAGAGUACCUAUUUACUUAUGAAAGAGGCACUGCCUUUUCUGAGGCAACGAAAGUCUUCAAAUAUUGUGAUAAUGUCAUCAAUUGCUGGAUACCAACCAUUAGAGAUACUUGGAGUCUAUUCCAUUAGUAAAACUACCUUAAUAUCUUUAUGCAAAACUGUGGCUGGAGAGCUUGCAAGCGAAGGUAUCAGAGUCAACUGCAUAGCACCAGGUGUAAUAAAAACUAAAUUUUCAGAACCUUUGUAUAAAUCGGAGGCAGCAUAUGAAACAACUGUUUCUAUGGUCCCUAUGGAAAGAUUGGGAGAAGCAGAAGAAAUUGCAUCUGUUGCAGCAUUUUUAGCAAGUGAUGAUGCUUCAUAUAUUACUGGUGAAACAAUUGUUGCUGCUGGUGGAAUGAAAUCAAGACUCUAAUUUCAAUAUGAAUAGCAUACAGUUAAAGGGAGGAUCUUUUUUAAGUUAUUUUUGCUUGUCGGUCUAAACAAAAUUUUCAUUAAAUAUGUUGUUAGAUUUAUAAGAAAUAUUUCUGGGAAAAUGUGGGAUAUUUGUAAAUAGGUGAAAUUUUUUAAAGUGUUUUAUAAAAAUAAUUUUGUUUAUCAUUA